AAAGUUGAGUGUUCAUUAUUUAAGAUGCUUAAACUUAAAAAUAAGUUUAGAUACAGAAUAUUUAUUUAAAAAAACUAUUUUUGUUAACAUGAAGUGAUGAUGUUUAAUUUCGGGUAGUCUCCUUGAAAUCUUCGUAUUCAGUCGCCAUUGCUGCGGAAUAAAGCGGCGCGAAGCAGUUUCGCUCAGUGCGAUCUGCCUUGUUUAUUUUUGAUGACUACGUCAUGAUACGUUACGAUAUAAAUUCAAUAUUCUUGAUAUUUGAGUGAAACUGAUUGAAGGCAAAGGCAGUUGUAGUUUCUAUCUGUUCUACAGCAUUCAAAAUGUUUGGCCAAAAACUUGGUGGCUUCGGGACAGGGACAUCUACAUUUGGAACAUCCACACCAUUUGGAGGUGGACAAUCUUCAACAGGGUUUGGCACCACAGCAUUUGGAGCACAAACACCUGCAGGCGGUGGUCUUUUUGGAACUGGUACAGCCAACACAACAGGAGGACUGUUUGGUCAGCAAUCUACCAACACAUUUGGUCAACAGCAGUCAUCAGGAGGAUUUAGUUUUGGAACUACCAGCAGUAACAGCACUACAGGUCUGUUUGGUCAGCAGAGCACGACAGGGGGAUUAUUUUCCACACCACAGAGUACUUCUGCCUUUGGUACCAAGCCACAGGGCUUUGGAGGCUUUGGAACUACACAGACAGCAAGCACAGGAGGCCUGUUUGGAAGUACACAGCCACCAGCUGCCAGCGCAUCACUGUUUAGCCAGACUGGCACAGGAUUGUUUGGGGGAAAUGCAGCAGGAGGCACUACCAUUAAGUUCAAUCCUCCCUCUGGCACCGACACCAUGUCUAAGGGUGGUGUCAACACAAACAUUAACACCCAUCAUCAGUGCAUCACUGCAAUGAAGGAGUAUGAAACCAAAAGUCUGGAGGAGUUGCGCUUAGAGGACUAUGCAGCAAAUCGUAAAGGAAAGCAGCAAGGGACAGCCACUGGUUUCUUUGGUCAGAGUGCUCCAGGAUCUCAGCCGACAUCAACUGGAUUCAAUUUUGGUCAGCCUGCAGUGUCUGCUGGCUUUAGUUUUGGGACCAGUACUGCCACUAGUGCAGGAGCGGGACUGUUUGGUACAAGCAGGCCUUUAUUUGGGACCACUAACCCCACUACCAACCCCACUACGACCGCUCAGUCAGGAUUUGCCUUUCGUCCUCCUUCACAGACAUCUGUCUUUGGACAGCAGCCUGGAGGCAACAGGCCCCUGUUUGGUUCAACUACAGCCACAACUCAGCCCUCACUAUUUGGCAACACACCCUCCACAGGAUUCGGUACCAGUACAGGGUUUGGGUCUACUGGCUUUGGCACCACAACCACGGCAGGUGGUGGACUCCUUGGGAGCAAACCUCUUACUUUUGGCACAACAACUUCAACAGCGUCACCAUUUGGCACAGGCACCAAUCUGUUCAACAAGCCUGCUACAACCUCGGCGUUUUCUUUUGGUACCAGCACCAGCGGCACUGGCUUUGGCACCAGCACAGGGGCCUUUGGAACCAGUGGAGGCUUUGGCAACACAACAGGCAGUCUUUUUGGAAACAAGACCAGUGGCUUUGGACUAGGGAACACAGGUCUUAGUACUGGGACUGGCUUUACAAGUGGUCUUGGAACAGGGACAACUACUGGCUUGUUUGGCAACACCCAGGCCAAACCAGCUGGCUUCAACUUUAAUACUGGUUCCACUGGUGCAUUUUCUUUUGGAGGAAACCCAACAGGAAAUCUUCUUGGGGGCAAUGCAUCAACUCUUGGAACGACCACUAGCACAACAAGCACUCCUAGCGUAGAUUUGCAGCAGCAGUUGCUCACCAUGGCCAGCUCUCCUUACGGUGAUUCACCACUUUUUUGGAAUCUGAAGCAGAAUUCUGGAAAGAAGGAAGAAGUUCUGAAACCAACAAAUCCAGUUGCCCAAAAGUCUGUGCUUAAUGCCAGUACUUACAAGGUCAGCCCACGUCCAGCAGCAAAGAUAAAACCAAAAUCUCUCCAUGGCCUGCUAAGUGGCAACAAGAGCCAACUUUUUGAUGGUCUGGAUGAGGAGGAAGAUCUUGGGUUUGGUGGAGAGACAUUUGUGCCACGGCACAACAUCAAGAAACUCGUGUUAAAGAAGAAUUUGGAAAGUAGUGCUUCCACCAGCCGGUCUUUGUCUCAGGCAAACGACCCAUCCAGUCCACAGUUAACUGACCACAACCUGUCACUUGUCUCAAGACAAAUGGAGCGUCGACAGCAAGGUCAGGGAGAUGAUGUCCGACAUAGGCUUCUCACUUCUAAUGGUGUUCUGGCUUCAGGUGGAGGUGAAACACCACCACGGAAUCUAGGCUCCAUGGAUGAUACCAUCACUGCGCUCAACAUGAGGAGAGAGAUCCCUGCUUCACACAGGCAGGGAGACUUCUGUGAGGAGCAGGAAGAAGAGCAAGGAAACAUCUCAAAUCCCAAUCUUACAAACAGUAAUCUGGCAGAUGAGUCACUAGAUCCACUUCCAGUGGAGAGACCACCUCAUCCUGCUGGCAUUGUCUUGACCAGGCCUGGCUAUUACACAGACCCCUCCAUGGACGAGCUGGCUACCAUGGUUGAUGAGAAUGGAGAUUGCCUGGUGGAAGAUCUGACCAUUGGCCGAGAGGGCUAUGGCUCAGUCUUCUUUCCUGGGACCAUCAAUGUGGCUGGGAUGAAUUUGGAUGAAAUUGUGCAUUUCCGCCGUAAGGAGAUAGUGGUGUAUCCUAAUGACGACAAUAAACCUCCGCUGGGUGAAGGCCUGAACUGCAAAGCAGAAGUUACCCUGGACUGCGUGUGGCCCUCUGACAAGACAACUCGCUCUCCCAUCAAAAGUCCUGAGCGUUUGAACAGCAUGAACUACCAAGAAAAGCUGGAAGAAAUGACAACCAGGAUGGGUGGCAAGUUUAUUGACUACCGGCCUGAAACUGGUUCCUGGGUUUUUGAGGUCCCUCAUUUUACCAAGUACGGUUUGGUGGAGGAAGAUGAAGAAGAGCCACCUAGUGAGCAGGACAGGAAGCGACUAAAGAUUCUUCAGCAGCAGCAUGUGGCUGUGCAGAAGCAAAAGAUCCUACUCCAGCAGCAUUUGAAGGCCAAAGGUAUAGCGGUCACUGACUUGGAUGAUGAUGCAGAGGUGGGAGCUGAAGUGUUGAGGGAUGUCAUGAUGGGGGAACCAGCCUUGAUGUCAGACAUCACGCAGGAGCCUUUUCCGUCCGACAUGUUUACUGACACUCUGGAGGAGGGAAGUGGGCAGCAGGUGCCCUCAGCACUGAGGUUUGGUGUGUCUGCUCAGAACAUGCAGCUGAUGAAAGCCUCUUUCUUUGAUGACGACAACAAUGCUGAUGGAGAUAGUGAAGGGCACUAUGGGGAGAAGAGCACAUGGUAUAAAGCUGAGGGUCAUUUGCUGAAGAGCGGAGAGAAAGCAGUCCCCUCAUUAUUCAGUUCAUCGCUCAGCCUGAAACAGUCGCUCACUCCUCGCUCCUUAUCUCCUGAUCUGAAAGAUCUGCAGAAGGAUAGAAAGAGCCUGUUUCAAGCAACGUUUGGGUAUACCUCCUUUGGCCGCUCUCCACCUGCAUCUUUCCAUCCGCCACUGUUGGAACACAAGCUUCUUGCCAGUGGUAUGACUGCCAGAGAUGUCCCACAUAAAAUUGUUGGCCUCCGAAUUGAGCACGAGGUCCCUCAUGUGCAGGAGUCAUUGAUGUACGACAAACAAAAGUUGUCUAUGGACUCGGCUUGCUUCAUGGGUCGAAGUUUCCGUGUGGGAUGGGGCCCAGGGUGGACUUUGAUACAUUCAGGUUUGCCCUGCAUAACACAGGAAGAAGAACUUGAGACUGGGACAAAAGCAGCAUACACUCUGCUACCCACCACAGGCACAGGAAAGGGAUAUAGCAGAAGAAAAGCAUGGACCAUCUGUGUGGAGAAACUUGGUGUGGCAGACUAUUUUCAUCCAUCAGACGACAUUGUCAAGGAAAGCCAUGAAGAGCUGCUGCAGACAGCACUGGCACAUUCCAGGAUAGACCAGGAGAAUGGAGUCCCGGUCUUCAUGCCUUUUCCCACCAUAGACGCGUUGCACCAGUAUGCCACACACAAUGCUGCCAAAGCGCUUCAACAGAAACAUCCUGAUGCCGAGAUGCAGAGCCAGAUGCAGCAGGUGUGGGAACUAUGUGUAUCUUUGUGGGGAAGUCCUCCUGAGUUGAAAGAUGACAUUGAGCAUGGAGGUUAUGCAGAGUGUUUAGCAAGACGGGAAGCCUUCUCAAGAUGGCUUUCCUCAGUUACAGAUUCCAAAAUUAAGGCAGAAGUAGCAGAAUCAUCUUACAUGCAACCAGAUGGUCACCUUCAAGCUAUCAUUGCACACUUGAGUGGUCGUCAGAUUAGUGAGGCAUGUCAGGUUGCUCAAAAUGCUGGCGACGAUCGACUGGCUUUGCUCCUGGCACAGGCGGCUGGCAGCUCAGUGGUGCGGCAGAUGGUGAUGGUGCAGCUGGCCAAGUGGGCAGAGAUGAAGGUGACAGAUUUUAUUCGAGAGCAACGACAGCGUGUGUACUGUAUUCUAGCAGGUGUUUUGUUUUGGGAUGGGCCUUCUCCUAUCAACACCUGUUAUGGACUGGACUGGAAAAGAGCUCUGGCAUUGCAUCUGUGGUAUGUCUGCCAGCCGAAUGCACCUAUUUCAGAAGCCAUGAAAAAGUAUGACGGUGCCUUUAAAAGGUCAGGUGAGAGGAGUGCCUAUGCAGCACCUCCUUUGCCUGCCUACCUUGAAGACUCGGGCAGUCUAUUAGUCAGCAAAACUUCAGAAUUCAUGAUGGAAGAUGAUGAAGAGGAGGAAGUGUAUGACACUUGUUACCACCUUUUGAAACUUUUCUGUGAAAAGGGUUACCCCCUUAAACUCAUCUUGAAUCCCACCACCAUCACAGCCAACAGCCUGGAUCAUCGACUGAGCUGGCACCUCUUGGGUGUUCUCACAGCUCUGGGCUUUAGACAUCUGUCCCCAUGCCAAGAGGCAUCACUGCACGUCAGCUAUGCUGCACAGCUGGAGUCACUUGGUCUCUGGCACUGGAGUCUGUUUCCCUUACUUCACAUCCAGGAUACACAGCAGCGAGAGCAUGCCAUUCAGGAAAUUCUGUGCCGACAUGUACAGCUCUCCUCCAAAUCUGAAUACCUAGAGGAAGAAAAUUUUAUACUGCAGGAGCUGCAAAUCCCUCCCCAGUGGAUUCACAGAGCCAAGGCAAUAAAAGCGAGAUACUUGAAGCAGCACAGUGAUGAAGCUCAUCACUUGUUGCAAGCAGGCCGCUGGAACGAAGCGCAUAAAGGUCAUCGUCACUCAUUUAGCAGCUAAGAGCAUUGUGAAUGAAAAAUAUGAAUACCUGAUGUCUUUCUUGAGCGAACUUGCUUCACCCGAGCGAAGCAUGACUGUUCUGAAUUGGACCACCGCAGGGAAAGUGUUUCAUGACUUUGUGAGAGUUUCACAACACAUGGAGAGAAUCAAGCAGGAGGAGAUAACCUCCUUUGAAUUGGAAAGCCUGUUGCCAGACGUGAGAAGCCUGUGCAGUAGAAUUCCACACCUUCCAUGUGUAAGUGCUCUAGACCGGCACUGUCAGUCACUGAUGGCCAGGCACUGUCUCACCAUGCUGAGAAAGAUCCUGGCUCUGCAGGUCAGCCUACGCGACGUAACUGCUGCCUCUUAUGCUGAUGCCCCUUUGUUUGGAGACGUCUCAUUAACCUCCUCCACUGAUCUCCUGGCCCACACGUUUUGAGUGUACUGCCACUGCCUGAAGACUAUGCCUUAGAAGAGCUGAGAGAAUUGAUCAGGGGGCACAUGAUGGACAUCGCAGAUUGACAACAACUUGCGUUUUCAAAUAACUGUGGUUUCACCCAAACAAGUUGUACAAAGCAUUUGCAAAUGAAGGUGUUUAUUUUCUGAGCUGUCAGUGUUUCCUUUUGCAACCAGUUUGUGGAAAAGUAAUAUCAUAUCGUCAACUAGACAUCAAUAAUGGCUCAGUCAAAAAACUUAAAACAUUCUAAAACAUGAUGAACAGAAUUCUGGAAAAGGAAUCUAUGUAGCCAGAAGCUCUGAAUGUGUGAAGAGUUUUGUGACACUUUGGUGCAGAUGAUGUUAUUAAUUUAGGUCAUAGAGGCCUUAAAGUGAGUGUUGGUGAACUCUGAAGCACAAACUUGAUACUUGGAUAUCUUGGAUCUUGGAGAACUGGGAUCUUUCAUAACUGUGUGAAAACAUGGAAUGUGUGCACAGGAGACAUGUCCAGCGACGCCCCAGGUGUAUUGGGAAAUCCACUGGUUCACCAGUUUCAGGAGAUUCAGUCUGUUAAAGAUUUGUGAAGUGGGAUUGUGUGUAUGGUUCUCAUGAUUGUCUCAUGGAACUUUCAGAUUCACCAGGCAAAUGGAAAAAGUGAGAAUCUUGGCCUGAACAGUUUGUGUUGUUGAAUGUAGAUUAGGGAGUCAAUGCUUCGUGAAAGAAGCUAGUUCACAAUGCAACAUGCAGAAAAUGUUCUUUUGGGUUUUUUCAGAUAGAAGAAACUGAAUUAUGCACUCUCAAUCUGAGCAGACGAGAACCUGUGCUGGUCUGUUCUUGCACUAAGUUGUUAAGAUGUAGGCCUGUGGCCCUGAAGAGCAAUUAUUAAUAAGCCUAUGUGGUAUACAGUUUAGGAACAAACCUGCUGCACUUCUGUUGUAUUCUGGGCAAGGAGAUAUGAUCGGGGAGCUAGGUACUUCGUAUUUGUAUUUAUAUUAAAUAUUUCUUUCAUAUGCAUGUGACCAAUUGGGAGUAAUUUUUGGAACUGUUUGGGAUGAAGAAAUUUAUUGGUCAUCAUCUCUAAAGAUUACUUGCCGUUGAGGCACACUGUACAAAAAUGAACAGAUUCCCCCUUUUUUUCAAAUAUUUUGUUUGCUAGCAUUAUGUUUACACAUUUGCAGGCUUGUAAAUCAGGAGUGAAUCAGAGGUCACCAACAGCAAAUAAAUAUUUUUUAAAUAUGAUUGCCACAGCAUCUUAAUUUUGUGUGUGAUGCUCUGCAGGCUGGUCUAUAAUGAUUUAUGAUGACUGUGGCUCUGUUUUAUAAUCUAGAUGGGAGAUAAUAGAUAUUUGCUGGUGAGAAAGGUUGAUCAAGGAAGAUGCUCAUGUCACAUACCUUGGAUAACCUCUUUUAUUGCCAAAUGCAUCUGACAUGACACAGAAUUAAUUUUUAUACUGAAUAAAUGGAGUGUAUGGCUA